UUCACUCUUCCUCUGCUUAUGUGUAGGUGACACAAGCUGCCAGUGCCAAUAGUAGUCAGAGGAGGAGUGCCCCCCUGGUCUGUGUACGUUUUGAUAGUCUGUUUUAGGGUUUAUUUGUUUUUCCUUUUGAAGAACGACACAAAGCAAGGGAGGUAGUCCGGAAGUAAAUAAAAGUCGAGGCAAUAGAAUGACCGUAUGCAAGAAAACUGUUAGUCUAUGAUGCAAGCACAUACCAGGGUAACAUGGAAAAAUGGAAUCAAGAAACACAGGACAUGUUUGUCUGUCCUUUGUGCCAAGGUGGUGGACACUUCCAGGAAAUUAACCUUGUUUUGAGUGGUUGACGAUCGACAAGUGUGGGUUUUCGGCUUGUGUGGGGUGUAUCUUGGUUUGGUUUAGGUUGUAGAAUUUUGGGACAGUUGAGCCCAGAACACAUCAGUAAUGUUCAAUUGUGUCAUUGAGUGUUUCGGCCUUUCAACACUAUACACCCUCACCAAGGGUGGCCAGCUGCGGGAUGAUCAGCCCUCUGCUUGUGUGCCGUGCCCAACUGCCUCGAAAUUGACAACAUUGAGACUGGUUAACAGGUGGGGAUUCUCAAGUGGGUUAUGCUGACAUAUUUGGAGCCCAGCAUGGGUCAUUCCGCUUGAUCCAAAUCCACUGGCUGCUUCUUUCAGCUGCCUCUGAGAUUGCCAUGAUGGUCUGCCGCAGAGCCGGACCGUGACUUCCCAGCUCUUUCGAAGAAGCCACAAAUCCUCUGCAUUCCACUUCCACUGGACAGUUUGUUUUUGUGUUCUAGCUGUGCUGCUUUGCUUCUGCUGCAAGCUCUGCAUAGCUUCUUAUAAAUAAAUAAACGUGGGCCGAUGGGAGUAUGUUAGCAACAAUAGUUGACUACAUGCGAUUUAAUAUUUAUCCGUGUACACAGCAAUAAUCAACUCUUCCAUUAGUCUGUGGAUUUUUUGAUGCAAUAAAGUUCAAAGUAAUUUUUGUGUGUGCAGAAAAUCCAAUCGUAACAACAAUGGGUGUUCUCAGGUAAUGUGGCUCCGAAUGAGUGCCGCUCGCUUGCCACUGUUGUGACACCUGACUGACGCUUGCCACAUGCUUGCCACUGCCUAUAGUCGCACUCGCUGUCUCAUACUUGUUCAUGCCGGGAUAGCUAAAUCAGGAAACAUGCUGUGACCCGCCUUACUCUGUCUCUGAUUGGCUAUUGCUUGUUACCUUCUUUACUUGAAUUGGUUAGGUUUAGACAUGUAUCACGGGGAGCCAGUGACAGGCAGAGCAGGGCGGGCUAUUGUUAACAUGGCCGGAAGCUGAUGUAUGUUGUAGUUAGUUGUGACGUCUCUCAAUCCAAGGAAGUGCUUGGAAUUGUGUAACUGUAUAUGGGACAGCACUUUGCGGCAACAUAUCACGUUACCUUGAUAAAACUAAAACCAUUUACUUUUAUCACGUGCCUCAAAGUCAGUGAUUGGGUGAGUGUUGACAUUGGUAUGGAGUAUGUGUCAUACCACAUAGCUCAAGACCGUUUCCCUACCUUCAUUUAAUGUGUUCUUUGUUUCUCUCUUCGCAGACUGCAGCCAUGUCUGUCAACGUUCAAAUCAACAGCCCUAAUGUGAAGUACACAGAUACACACAUUGUGUCUCAGUAUCCCUACGAGACCACAUCAGUUCACAGAGAUGGGAACAAAAUAACAGUGACCCCCCGCACCACCGAGAUGACAUUUCGCACAGAGAGAAAUGUGCCCAAGCUGGGUGUGAUGCUGGUGGGCUGGGGAGGCAACAACGGGACCACAGUGACGGCAGCUGUACUGGCCAACAAGCUGGAUCUCACCUGGACAACCAAGACUGGAGUGAAGAAAGCAAACUACUUUGGCUCCCUCCUGCAGGCGUCUACUGCUUGUCUGGGUUCAGGACCCGAGGGCGAGGUCAAUGUGCCCAUCUGUGACCUCCUACCCAUGGUGCACCCCAAUGACAUAGUCUUUGACGGCUGGGAUAUCUCUUCAAUGGAUCUUGGCAGAGCGAUGGAGAGAGCUCAGGUGCUCGAGUGGUCGUUGCAAGAGCAGCUGCGGCCACAGUUGAGCCGCAUGAAACCCAGACCGUCCAUCUACAUCCCAGAAUUCAUCGCUGCAAACCAAGAGAGUCGGGCGGACAACGUCCUCACUGGAAGCAUGGCGGAGCAGGUGAAGCACAUAAGAGCUGACAUAAGGGGCUUCCAUCAGUCGAGUGGUGUGGACAAAGUCAUUGUUCUGUGGACCGCCAACACCGAGCGCUUCUCUGAUAUCAUACCAGGGGUCAAUGACAAGGCAAAGAACCUGCUUGCUGCAAUCCAGGAUGGAGCAGCAGAGGUCUCUCCCUCCACUCUGUUUGCAGUGGCCAGCAUACUGGAGGGUUGUGCCUUCAUCAACGGUUCUCCGCAGAACACCUUUGUACCGGGGGCCGUAGAGCUGGCCGUGCAGCAUGGGGUGUUCAUCGGAGGAGAUGACUUCAAAUCCGGUCAGACCAAGAUUAAGUCGGUGCUGGUGGACUUCCUGGUCAGCUCGGGUAUCAAGCCGACCGCCAUCGUCAGCUACAAUCAUCUUGGCAACAACGAUGGGAAGAACCUGUCGGCUCCUCAGCAGUUUAGCUCUAAAGAGAUCUCCAAGAGCAACGUGGUGGAUGACAUGGUCAAGUCAAACUCCAUAUUGUACCAGCCUGGAGAAAAACCUGACCACUGUGUCGUGAUUAAGUAUGUUCCGUGUUUGGGAGACAGCAAGCGGGCCAUGGAUGAAUACACUUCUGAAAUCAUGAUGGGAGGGACCAAUACUAUCGCUCUGCACAACACCUGUGAGGACUCUCUGCUAGCCACCCCAAUCAUCCUGGACCUGGUGAUCCUGACAGAGCUUUGUCAGCGCAUUGCUAUCCGACCCCAGGGGGAGGAGGACUUCCAGUCCUUCCACAGUGUCUUAGCACUGCUCUCCUUCCUCUGCAAGGCCCCCCUGGUCCCACCUGGGGCACCGGUCAUCAAUGCCUUCUUCCGCCAGAGGGCCUGCAUAGAAAACGUCAUGAGAGCGUGCCUCGGCCUUCCUCCUCAGAGCCAUAUGCUGCUGGAGCACAAGCUGCAGAGAGACUUCCUGCCUCCACAUCCAACCUACGUCGAUGGCAGUGGGGCUGCUUUGAAAAUGAGUUCCCUCACCAACGGGAGCCAUAUACCUUUAACAAAUGGCAUCCAUGUCGACGAUGCAACUUAUGCAUUAUGAUUGAAACGCAACACAACAGCCCAAGGUGGAACUUUAACUUUACGCAACAGUAAACUUGAUACCUGAAAGAUCUCAUUAAUCUAUCAUUGGAAAAAAAAAACACUGUUUUGCAGAGUAAAUUUAACAUUUAAAAAUCAUAGGAGUUCAGUAAGUCUUGUCCUAUUAAAAAAAGAGUGUGAUGCUUCAACACUUGCAUAUCAUACAUGUCGUUGGCCUCUUUAGUUACUGAGCAUCAACAGAGGUCCAUAAACUACACUAAUCUCCACAAAGCGUAGCGUUGGUCAAAGCAGGCAAUUUUCAAAUGUUUUUUUAUAUCUAGAAUCAGCCAUGUAUUGAAUUUAAAUAAGUUCAAUCUUGUUUUUGUGCUAGUAUUGUUAUUCAACUAGUCUUUUGUGAGCAAUGCACAUGUAAAACACUGUUGUACAGUUACUGGAAAUAGGUCAAUAUUAAAUAAGCACAUGUGGUGCAGCUGUAUUUAACUGUUAAAUGCUUUGUUUGUUGUUUGAUGAAUGAGUGGUAGGUAUCUUCUUCACAUUAGUUGUGUUAUUGUUUAUCACUGCCUUGUGUUUUGGUUUGAGGCUGAAAGAGAAAAUGGGGAUGAAGACUUCAUAGUAACCUGGGUUUUGAAUAUACAAUAAACCUUGUUUGGACCGAACAUAUA